UGUACAGAACAAGUAUGUGGAUACCCAUCCUACUGUACAGUAUAUAUUGCGCUCAGGUUACAUGCUUUGUGGUAACAGUUGGAAAAAGCUCUUUCCACAAAGGUCCAUAAAGACAUGAUUUGGCCUGAACCGAACCCUGAUCCUUCAUCCCUAUCCCUCAACCUUGCCCGACAAGCUCCUGGUCAGGUGUCCACAAACAUUUCGCCUAAGUGUGUUGGCGUUUUUUUCACAUUGUGUUUGAUUUUUGCUCUGAAAGAGAAAGAACAACAGAAGAAAUGGAAGGAGACCAAGCUGAUUAAACAACUGGAGAAACAAAAUCAGCUGAAGGAGGAAGAAGAGAAGACAAAACAGUCCCAUGAGGAGGCAGAGCAGGUGAAGAGUAAAGGUCGAUUGUACACGGUAAGUGUCGCUUUGCCAGGCUCCGUGUUGGAUAACGCUCAGUCACCUGAACUUCGAACAUACCUGGCAGGCCAGAUAGCUCGUGCUUGCGCCGUCUUCUGUGUGGACGAGGUGGUCAUAUUCGACGAGCAAGGAGAGGACGCCAAGACUGUCGAAGGCGAGUUUAAAGGGGUUGGCAAGAAAGGUCAAGCAUGUGUUCAACUGGCCAGAAUCCUGCAGUAUCUGGAGUGUCCACAAUAUUUGCGGAAAGCAUUUUUUCCCAAACAUCACGACCUGCAGUUUGCCGGACUUUUAAACCCUCUGGACAGCCCCCACCACAUGCGUGUUGACGAGGAGGCAGAAUUCAGAGAGGGCGUGGUGGUGGACCGUCCAUGCAAAGCAGGAAAAGGGUCCUUUGUGAACGGUGGGAUGCGGAAGGAGGUUCAAAUAGACAAGCAACUUCAGCCUGGUCUGAGAGUGACUGUACGCCUCAAUAAAACCCAGAACUCAGACAGUAGGGUGUAUAAAGCAGCGGUGGUGGCUCCCAGCAUUCCCAGAACAGAGUGUGGGCUGUACUGGGGUUACAGCGUUCGCCUGGCAUCCUGCCUGAGUGCUGUAAUGACCGAGUGUCCAUUUAAAGAUGGCUACGAUCUGACCAUCGGGACAUCAGAGAAGGGCAGCAAUGCUGACCAGAGCACCUUUCCUCCAUUCAGGCACAUGUUGGUGGUAUUUGGAGGCCUUCAAGGACUGGAGGCAAGUGUCGAUGCCGACCCGAAUCUAGACGUUUCUGACCCCAGCGUGCUGUUUGACCUCUACCUGAACACCUGCCCUGGCCAAGGCAGCCGCACGAUUCGAACCGAGGAGGCCAUACUGAUCUCCCUAUCAUCGUUACGGCAGAAAAUCAGCACCGCGGAUUCAGAUCAGUCCAAGCAACGGUGACAGGAAAUCAGUGACCAAAGCGGAUCCUGUAAAACGAAUAAGAAAUCUUUCAACGCGCUCCAAACCCGUCUCCCUUCUGAGUAGCAGAUUGGAACACAGCCAUAGAGGUGUUACAUACACCAAUCAGCCAUAACAUUAAA